AUGGCCGACACACUAGAGGAGAACUACCUCAUCGACGACAACGACGCGGGUUCACUAGUCGGCUCCGAUGAUGGAGCCGUUAGCAUCCAUGCCGAACCCGAACUUUCAAAUGAAGAUGACGAGACACAGCCAUCAAAAUCUAUGCAGAAUGCGCAAGAGACCAGGGAUGAAGCUGCGCGCAAAGAGGACAAGAAGCGCAAACGCAAGGAGAAAGACAAGGCUCGCAAGCAAAAGAGAGCAGCUGUAUCAGCCGAGCUUGCGCAAGGAGUGGGAUCCGUAGCCACACAACCACCCGACAUGCAGGCCGACUACCUUGCCACCAAACAGGGCGCCUCGUUCUCCAAACUCAGCGAGCUAGAACUCGAGGAGCUGCGUCUUGGCGAGGGAAUGCUGCUCGACACGAGCGGCUUCGAUCAGCCUCGUACGCUAGCAUCUCUUGCCGACUUUGUGCGCUCGUGCAUGCCGGCUCUCGUCAAGAGUAUCAACGAUGCCAAACACCCCUCGGUCAGCCAACCAGGUUGUCCUGCACUCAUUAUGCUGACAGGCAACGCACAGCGCGCUGCCGAUCUGGCGCGUGGCCUACGGGCCCUCGGACCCAAGCUUCCCGAAACCACUGAAGGCUCCGACGGCGACGAUCGAUCUGCAGCACCUGCAAAGCGACAGAAGCUCGCAAAGCACGACAAGACGCAGGGAACAAAGACAGAGGGCAGAUCCGUUGUCAAGGACGGCGCAACCAAGGAGCUCUUGGGUGGCUUCUCCGUUGCCAAGCUCUUCGCACGCCACUUCAAGCUGAAGGAGCAUGAAGCCUGGUUGCGCCAACACACCACGCCGCUGGCCGCCGGUACACCGCAGCGAGUCGCAGCAUUGAUCGCGUCGGGGAGUUUGCGGCUCGACUCGCUCCAAGCGAUCGUAAUUGAUCAGACAUGGGUCGAUGCCAAACAACGCAGCGUCUUUGACAGCUUCGAGACGCGGGACGAGCUCAUGAAGCUGCUGGCGCUCGAUGCGGUGAUGGGUUCCUUCAAGAGGUCCAAAGUGCCAGCGAAAUUGGUUCUCUUCUAA